AAUGAUGGGAGACUAGAAAAUGAAAGGGCCCCUGCUAAUAGAGAGCCUAACCCUCAAGAUUUAGCCGGCAACACCUCUUGUGAGCUUUUACAUGCUGAAAAACAAGAUCUGCAGAACAAGUUAACAAAGCUACUGUCAAUGCUGGAUGAGGUUCACAGCAGGUACAAACAAUAUUAUCAUCAGAUGCAGAUUGUGGUAUCGUCAUUUGAUGUGAUAGCAGGACGUGGGGCAGCUAAACCAUACACGGCACUGGCUCUCCAAACCAUUUCGCGUCAUUUCCGGUGCUUGCAUGAUGCAAUCACUGGCCAGAUCAGUGCGACACAGAAGAGCCUUGGAGAGCAAGAUUCUGCAGGAAAUAAUGAAGGAGUUGGAAUAUCAAGACUCCGGUAUGUUGACCAACAAAUCCGGCAACAGAGGGCUCUCCAGCAGCUUGGAGUGAUGCAUCAUGCGUGGAGGCCACAAAGGGGACUACCAGAAGGCUCUGUUUCAAUUCUUCGCGCCUGGCUUUUUGAACAUUUCCUUCAUCCCUAUCCCAAAGAUUCUGAAAAGGCAAUGCUAGCAAGGCAGACAGGUUUGACUAGAAGUCAGGUCUCAAAUUGGUUUAUAAAUGCACGAGUUCGUCUCUGGAAACCUAUGAUUGAGGAGAUGUACAAGGAAGAAAUUGGAGAUGCCGACUUGAACUCCAGUUCUUCAACUGAAGAGGCAUCCAAGGUAGGCAAAAGCGAUGUCAAGAUCUCCGAAGAUGGGUGCGAUGAUUUACAACAGAGCCAGCGUUCAAUAGCCGACAAGAACAGCAAUGUUGGACUUGGACAAACAAAAGACUUGGGAUCUGACAAGCAGACCGAGGAGCAUCAAAGGCUCAGCUUCGAUGACUGUAGUGUCUUCCAAGAUAACACAGAUGUUCAGACUAAUGAAGGCAAUGCAGGGUUUGUGGCGGUUGCUCCGGCGUGCCAAAUGUCCGAGUUGGGAAGGUUUCAGUCUGGGAACGGCGUGUCCCUGACAUUAGGCUUGCAGCACUGUGAAGUUGGUGACUUUAUGUCUGGUGAGAGUCGUCAUAGCUUCGUUGUCAUGAGGGAGGAUGGUACCAUUGGAGCUCAGACAUCAGAACUUGAUUACGUAGCUGCUGGAAACCAGCACCGAAGGUUCACUGCGUCCCGUUAAUGGCAUGAUUUUAUAGCAUAAAGACAACCUGUUGCGAUAUUGUGACAUGCAAGAUGUAUAAUAAAGUAUAGUAUUGUGUCUGAUUUGAGUACAUCAGACACAAUCCUUGUGGGAUGAAAAUGAGUGAUUAGUGAUGAUCGCUGAUGUGGGUCCUCCAUCAUGUUUGACAGUGAUAUAAGACGACCCUGUAUAGGAAGCAAUCCAUCAAGGACAAUGCAAGAACUGUUGUAUUCUAUCUCGAAAUUUAUUGGAAGGUUAGCUCUUUUUUUUUUUU